GCGUUGCCAUUUCUCUUCGUUGUUACACCUCAGUGUCGACGCGUCGUACGUCGCGAACGUAGUCGAACAACGGAGUUGACUCCGCGCUACGCGAAGCUUUUUUCCCAACAUCAUCCGGCCGUUGACCUUGCAACGGAAUCAUGUCGGGCGCUGAUGCUCCCAGUGUUAAAUCCGAAACCCCGAACAACGUCCCGCCUGAAAACACGAACGAUAAUCAACGCGGACCUGGCGGCGGUGGACGUGGCGGUGGUGGCGGUGGCGGCAGCGGACCUCGAGGUAGGAAAGGAUCCCGAUUUUCUGGAGGUCGAGGAGGAGGCGGAGGAGGCGGAGGCGGAGGUGGAGGUGGUCCAGGACCCAGAAAUGACGUGCAGGUGAAAAUGAAUGACUCAAUGGACGGCAGUAUGGACAUAUCCAUGUCUGACCUUGGUGGCGGACGAGGAGGGCCAGGCCGUGGAGGUAGAGGCGGUCGUGGCGGAGAUCGAGGAAUGAUGGGUGGCAGGUCACAAGACGAUCGCCUAAUGGAACGUAUAAUAAAUUUGAGCGGGCCGACGCAUGAGCUACAGCCCCAAGAUACAACAGAGAAAAAAUUCAGCGGCAGAAAUCGUUUGUACGUUGGUAACCUUACCAACGACGUUACAGAGGAAGAACUUCAAACUAUGUUCAGCGCGUUUGGAGAAGUUUCAGAAAUGUUUGUGAAUAACGAGAAGAAUUUCGCAUUCUUAAGAAUGGACUUCCGUGCAAAUGCGGAAAAAGCAAAGCAUGAACUGGAUGGCUCGAUGCGAAAAGGUCGUGCAAUAAAAGUACGCUUUGCCCCGCAUUCGUCAGCUAUUAAAGUCAAGAAUCUUACUCCUUGGGUGUCGAAUGAACUCUUGGACAGAGCGUUCAGUGUAUUUGGCGAGAUUGAACGUGCGACAGUUAUUGUAGAUGACCGAGGAAAAAGUAUGGGCGAGGGAAUAGUUGAAUAUUGUAGAAAACCAGGUGCACAACUGGCGCUUAGGAAAUGUAGCGAAGGAUGUUACUUCCUUACUGCUUCUCUCCGACCGGUCGUCGUCGAACCUUUUGAGCAGCAAGAUGAUAUAGACGGCUAUCCAGACAAAAAUUUACCCCGUAAGAACCAAGAAUUUUAUAAAGCUCGUGAAGUUGGACCGAGAUUUGCACAGAUCGGUAGCUUUGAACAUGAGUACGGCACUAGGUGGAAGCAGCUCCACGAACUUUACAAACAGAAGGAAGAGGCGUUGAAGAGAGAAAUGGCCAUGGAGGAAGAAAAGCUUGAAGCACAGAUGGAGUUUGCCAGAUAUGAACACGAGACUGAGUUACUACGCGAACAGUUGCGAAUGCGCGAAGCUGACAGGGAAAGGCAAAAGCGAGAGUGGGAGAUGAAGGAGAGACAAGCCGAGGAGCAAAGAACACGUGAGGAAGAACUGCGGAGGAGACAACAGGAAGAAAUGGCGAUACGUAUCAGGCGGCAGGAGGAAGAAUUACACAGACGACAGCAAGAGAAUAAUCUCUUUAUGCAGGAACAAGCCAUACGCGGCGGCGGCGGCGGCGGCGGAGGUGGAGGGGGAGGCCCUGGCAGCAUUGGUGGUAAAAAUUAUGAUGCCAUCAGUGUGAAUGACCGCGACGGAUUUGGUCAACCAGACGGCGGAAACAACUUGCCAGUGGAUCCAAAGUCUUUCCUAGACGCGUAUAAUAACAUGGACCGCGGGGGUCGCGGCGGCGGUGGAGGCGGCGGUUAUAGUGACGACCGUGGUCAAAUAAUGGAUUUGAUGGACAUGAGGGUCGAUAUGGGAAGCAUGGGUAACAUCGGUAACAAUCGGGGCGGUAGCGGCGGCGGCGGCGGUGGCGGCGGUGGCGGAGGCGGCGGGGGAAAUCCCCGCUGGCAAGGAAACGACCGUGGUCGACCCGACGAUUAUCCUAACAAGCGAAGGCGAUAUUGAUACGGGAAUGACGAAUCGCAAUCGCCUAAAGUAUGAACAUUGAUACUAACGACAGAGAGAGGAGAGAAAGAUGAGAUGACGAAGAAGAAGAAGGAGAAGGAGCAAAGGAAGAAGAUAAUAAGGCCGACAGAGAUCCAAGAGUUGACGGAAAGUUUAUUACUUCUUUUAUUUUUUUUUUUUUUUUCCCCCUCGCGAUCCCACUUUUAGCUCAGUUUUACACGCAAUCGUUUCGUACUGUGGAUAUAUUAUAAUACGCGAUAAUCCUUCGAUAUCCGAACGCGUUGUAAUACUUCUAUUCUUGUGCAGUGAAAUAUGCAGUAUGGAAUUCGAACGAUGUUUUAAAUUUUAUACCCAGAAUUUGGACAAGUUGACGAACUGCGGCAUAUCAUAAAUCGAAGACUUUCCGUACCCAGGAAGGUGUUGACUUGUGAUCGAAAAUCGAGUCUUCGGACUUGGUGAAGUAUCGAAGAAACUGGGUGGGGUGGAGGGGUUGAAAUUUUAUCGUACAUAGCCCGGCGCCGUAAACAUUUCAGCGAAGUCCGUGUAUCGCUACCUAGGAAAUCUUCGUCUCCGUCGACUUUGACGAUAUUAUGAAAUGUGAAAAUAUUUCUCGUACAUGUCUACCUACUACUACUAUAUGGAUCUAGGGGCGUGUAUUGUGCUAUACGAGAACUUUAUCAGGUACUAGAAGAAAAGAAAAAAAAAAAUUAAAUUGACGGAACUCUGUUUGAUACUUUUAUUAAGUCUAUUCUCUCGUAUAUCGUUAUUUGGUCAUUCAGCCGCUUCCCGUUUUACACAUAUUUUUUUUUUUUUACAUUGUUAACAACACAACUCGUUACUUUUGUUAAACUAUCUUGACAAAAGAAAAGAAAUAUGUAAACCAAACUUAUCAAUCGUUCACUGCUGUGUCGAUGAUGACAAGAUCAUUGCUAUCGUCGUUAACUUGCAAGGAAAAAAAGCUACCCUGUUGCUGCUCUUCCAGCAGAGUACGUUUUUUCCCCUCAACGUAUUAUUAUUAACCAACGAUGAAAAUUAUAUUUCGAUACUACUUGCGAAAGUUAUAAAAUGCAGAUCUUUUGUCGAAUUUACUUCCGAAACGUUUGAUUGAAAUCAGGGUGUAAAAAACAAUCCAUUCCACGGAUUCCUCAGCUGAAAAUUGAUCUGGUUUUUUUUAGCUUCAAUUUGACGGCUCAUUUAUCAUUACGACCUUAGAAUCACGAAGAAUAUAUAGAUAAUCGACGUGACUUGACUGUAUUAUUAAUAAUUACUAAGUUGUACUUUAUAUAUAUUAUACAAAUAAUAACUACCAUUAGUAGUGUGUAAGUGUGGAGGUAUUAAUUUUGACUGAAAUCAACAAUGUGGAUAUCUAACUUGAAUGUUUUGUUACGAUAAUUUGAAGAAAAAAAAGGAAUACGAGGCGAAAUAGUAUUGAUAUCGAUAUCCGUCAUCGAGUAUAUCGAAAAGUAAAAAAAAAAAAAAACAAACAAAUAGUUCGUAUAUAGUAAAUUUGAAAAAAGUCAAAUCCUCUGUAAUGAAUUUUAUCAGAUGAAUGACUGAUUCGAAUGAAGGUUACUGAAUAACCAUCCAUAGCAUAAAUUGGAAAUAAUGUUAUUAUUCCUAUCUCGAUUACAUACACGUAUAUAUACAAAUAUAUAUAUAUGUGUAUAUAUAUAUAUAAGUUUGAAAACAACAAUUACCGUAAUUAAAACUUAGUAAUGGAAUUAAAACACGUAAAUCUCAACCAGCGAGAAAAUAUUUCGGGUUGAUUAUCACGAGAUUGAUAUUAAGUCAUGGAUAAUUUCGAUCUGUGAUACCGAGACCUGUUUUUUUUUCUCACAGAAAAAUGAAUUUAAAAGUUUAUUAAUAAAGUUAGAGAAAAAAAAAAAAAAAACUGUGCGUCACUAAAAAAAUCGGAGUUUAUCUAUUUCUUGCUCAUUACUCAUAACGCCAAUGUUUGCAAAUCAAUCUCAUCAAUUCGAUUGAUUGAUAUUGCAAAAAUGAUGAAAUUAUUCUAAUUACGCUUGUUGCGUAUUUCUGCACUAUACGUGACUUCAGAUGAACUUUUCAACAUGGCGUGUGAUUUUUGUUAUUGCAAAAAAAUAUUCGUUAUCAAGCUGUAAAUAUUGUACUUUAUCUGGAGUCACGUUUUGCGUGUUUGCGAAAUCACUUUGAGAAAAACGACUGGAGCUUGAUGAAAUUUCUGAUUGCAAACGUGCAUAAAUAUUUGCAAAUGAUGUAUCUCAGCGUGACAUUUUAUCAAUGAAAUUUAACAUUAACACGAAGAGAAUUUAUUAUUUAUCACAAUCUACGCGGCCGAAGAUUUAUGGACUCGAAGAAACUUUUAAGAACAAACUUCCGUAACUUCAAAGUUUCUGCUUAUGCGUGUAACAAAGAACACGCUUCGCAGCAUCGAUAAUUGGAAAUCUUUGCUGUGUGCAUGUGUGUUAAAUGUUGAAACGAUCAAAGAAGAGGAGACACUCAAACAUUUCCGUCGAUUUUCCUGUUCUCUGGAACUUGAGAAUUUUUAAUUUUUUUUUUUUUUUUUUUAUUUUACAACUUUGGCUUAUAAGGGAAUCAACAAUCUACAAUGUGGAAAAAGCAUCGCUGAUAUAGGGUGGUAAUGUUUGUAUAACAAAAACAAAAAACAUUUAAAAAAAAAAAAAACUUCCAUUUAAUAAUUCAAUUUUUACAAUCAAUUUUGCAAUCAUUCCUUUACUGAAAUUUUUCUUUGUAACAACAUAUUCUUUGUUCACUGUGCUUACAUGCAUCUUAUUGAAGCUAGAAAAUUUUUCUGAAAUAUAACUUUGUACUUCGUUUAUAAAUCUAACACAAUUUUCUCUUGAUCGUGUUUAUUUUUUUAUUUUUUGCUUUCUUUAAUACCUUUUUUCUUCUAUUUUCCCAUAUUCGAUAAUCUACCAGUUGAACCGUCAGUUUUGAGAAAUCAUUUAAACUUCAGGAUCGCUUGAAUUUGUAAACCAAUUUUUCUUGAUGUGUGAACUUGUCAACUUCUCGACUACGCAGGAAAAUUUUUCUGGAUUCGAAUAGAAGUACUGAUGUGUAUAACUGACCGAAAGCCCUGAGACGAAAACACUUUGGGUGUUUUUCAUGACCCCGUGACUUCUUUGCCCAGAUACCUAUGUUUACAGUUUCAACAUUAUUAUGUGAUCCAAAUGGUUGAUCGCGGCAGUGUUCUUUAGCGGAGGAGAGACUGCAAUCGCAAGAUAUAGGCUCUUACUAUGUUGAAUGAACUAUUCAUUGAACCCCCACUAUUACUGAGAUUAUAGCUGUAGGUGGCUGACGAGUCUUCGACGAUCCACAAAUAUAAGGGAUUUUAAUCUACGACUUGGACUCGUGAAAAUUCCAUGAACCGUUGAACGGAAUUCUUUGGAAAUUGGAAUCUAAUUUCCGCACGAGGUGACUGGGAAAAAUGUGUGAACUUCGAUGCAGAGUGGCACGGAUUUUCCAAGAUGAAUCUCUUCCUGAGUUUAGGUAACUGAGGAAAAUACGUGAACUUUGAUACAAGGCUGCACGAAUCUUGUGAAAAAUGGCGUUCGAUUCAUUAUUUCGUGGAAGAUGUCCUAGAAGCUGGGAUGGAGAAGCUCUACAGUACCUGUAAUCACGUUUUCGUGAAAACGAAGUGAAAUAAAAAGAAUCUUCAUAGAUUAACCGUUAA